AUGUGUUCGGUGAGCACAGUCAUGAUCGUGCAAUUUUUUGGAUGGUUCUUAUCGUUAGGCGAAUCGGCGGACGCAAACCAGAUUGUUCUGGAGGCGAUACGCGCUCCAGAGUUCACCAGAGUCGGCAAAUCAGCGGCCUUCACAUGCUCGGUUUCGGAGGGCACGAAUAUCGUCUUCUCGUGGACCAAAGAUGGCAUCAUGCUACGAGACGGUCCCCGGAUUCAAAUUUUCAACGCAAAGAAAACUUCAAUGUUGAAUCUUGAAGAUGUUGAGACAUCAGACCGGGGGGAAUACACUUGCGUGGCCACGAACGAAGUUUCUGAGGACCGGGCCCGUACCUAUCUUGCCGUCGAAGAAAGGAUAGUGAUCGACAAAUUGAGCUCGAAAUUUCUAAAGGUAGGACGCAGUGGAACAUUCACAUGCUCGCUCAUCGAGGGGAAAUCCGCUUCAUUCUCGUGGACGAAAGACGGUCGUCUCGUCUCGAACUCGGAUAGAAUACAAGUUCUAAGUACGAGGAGAUCCUCGACGCUCAGUUUCGACGAGAUCGAAACGUCGGACGUGGGCAAUUACACCUGUAUUGCUUCAAAUAGCUUUUCUGAGGAUCGGAGUAGCGCUGCUCUCGAAGUUGAAGACAGAGUCCGGGUCGAAACGCUGGCAUCGCGAAGGACGUCCGCCGGCAAGCGAAUCGGCUUCAUGUGCACUGCUCUCGAAGGAGAUCAUGUAUCUUUCGUGUGGUCCAGAAAUGGAAAAGUCCUCCUUUCCGGGGAUAGGAUCUCCAUAGUAUCGACGGGCGAAAGCUCCAUGCUUAGCAUCAAGCACGUACAUACAGCAGAUGGAGGAAAUUACACCUGCAUUGCAAGCAAUCCGCUAUCCGAGGACCGAACGUCCGCCCAAUUAUUCGUCGAAGGUGAAAUUUUUCUGCCAGACAACCUUAGUCUGGAUCGAGAGCGCUGA